AACCUACCUAACCUAGGUACCUAACAUAGUACAUAUGAGCCACUUUUGUGUUCUGUGGCUUUGUGGCUUCUCCUCACAACUUUCAACAUUCAACUUUUUCCAAUACCCGCCAGACUGCCAGGACGUUCAAGACCCACUUUAGGUCGGUUGGCCCGCUAAAACCCCGGGAUCGAUUUCUUGCAAACGUCUUUGAAGCCGAGCUUUGAGAAUCGAGACAUCACCCAUCCUUUUAUACUCCGUACUAAUCCUCCACAUCCACGCCGUCAUGUUCGCCCGACAGGCAUUCCGCUCAGUCCGAGCUGCGGCCCCUCAGCGGUCCCUCGCCCGCGCCCCCAUUCGCUCUUAUGCCGCCGCCCCUGCCACCCAGGACGUCAAGCCUCCCGUUGCCGUCUAUGGCCUCGAUGGUACCUAUGCUACUGCCCUGUACACUGCCGCCGUCAAGUCCUCGUCCCUCGAUCCUACCGCGAAGGCUCUGAGCGCCCUCGGUGACCUCCUUGCCAGGGAUCCCAAGCUUGCCACCAUCUUGACUACCCCCACGCUUUCAGACCGCGACAAGAGCGCCAUCGUUGCGGAGCUGCAGAAGAACCUCGGUGCCGCGAGCUCGAACGAGACCGUCAAGAAUUUCCUCGCUACCCUGGCCGAGAACAACCGUCUGGGAAUACUCCCCGGCGUCUCCGAGAAGUUUGGCCAGAUCAUGAGCGCGUCCCGAGGCGAGAUCGAGCUGGUUGUUACCAGCGCCCAGCAAUUGGACAACAAGACUCUAAACCGUAUCGAAACCGCCAUCUCCAAGUCUCAAUACGUCGGACAGGGCAAGAAGCUGAAGGUCACCAACCAGGUCAACCCGGAGAUUCUUGGUGGUCUCGUCGUGGAGAUUGGAGACAGGACAAUUGAUCUCUCGGUCUCGGCCAAGAUUGCCAAGCUGAACAAGCUCCUAACUGACACUUUGUAAAACAACCUUCCCUUUGUCUUGUGCGAGCAUGGCAGCUGCUUUGGAGAGGCGCUUGCGACUAGAAGGCUGGUUUCUCCGUCGAGAUGCCAUUGUGUAUAGGCUCGUAGAAUAGAGGAAGCAUUCGUCCCCCAAUAUCAUUUGCCUGCUUAUGAGACUAAUAAUUGAUGGGCCUUACGUCUAAAAGAUUCUGACUGGUUUGGCAUUUAUCAUAAACCUCUUUUAUAAAGACUCUUGUUUUCCAAGCUAUCCUCGUAUCUGAGUUGUAAGAUGUCAGACCAGGCAGUCAAUAAUAUUUAAAACUACCACCCAAGAUAUGCUUCCUUCCAUAUAAGGCUCAGUUAGAUGGUUAAUUAAGUCGCAUGCUUGACUAGAU